CCGGAGGUUCGGGAGCAGCAUGGUUCCGUCCUGUAGAUCCAAACACACACAGGACCUCCGCUUCCUCACACCGGCACCAUGUUGUUUGAAUCAUUUGAGUAGGGGAGCAGGAUUUGGCGGGGUAUCAGAUCUCGGCAGAGCCCCGGGCUGGCGGGUUAUAAACAGAGCUGAACUACAGGCUGAAUGUGACCCAAAAACACGGUUUUAAGGAUGUCUGAAGGCUUCCAGAUGGAGGUAUGUGUGGAUUCAGUUGAGUCAGCGAUAAACGCAGAAAGGGGAGGAGCUGGACGAAUCGAGCUCUGCUCCAGCUUACUGGAAGGAGGAAUCACACCCAGCAUCGGUCUGCUGCAGGUGGUUAAGGAGAACGUACAGAUACCUGUGUACGUGAUGAUCCGACCCCGCGGGGGAGACUUCCUGUAUACGGACCGAGAGGUGGAGGUGAUGAGGAGGGAUAUCGAGCUGAUGAAGAUCCACAGGGCUGAUGGGCUGGUGCUGGGGGCGCUGACGGAGGACGGCCGGGUGGAUGCUGAGCUCUGCAUGGAGCUGCUGGCUGUGUGUCGGCCGCUCCCCGUUACUUUCCACAGAGCGUUUGAUAUGGUUCACGAUCCCGCCGUCGCCUUAGAAACGCUGGUAUCUCUGGGGUUCGAGAGGAUUUUAACCAGCGGCUGCGACGCCUCGGCUUUAGAGGGGCUUCCUCUCAUCAAACGCCUCGUAGAGCAGGCUAAAGGCAGGAUAACUAUAAUGCCGGGAGGGGGCAUCACUGAGCGCAACCUCCAGAGGAUACUGGAAGGCUCUGGGGCUCAGGAGUUCCACUGCUCUGCACGAUCCAGCAAAGACUCCGCCAUGAAAUUCAGGAACUGCAGUGUGAUCAUGGGAGCGUCUCUCUCGGCUCCGGAGUUUUCUCAGAAAGUGGCCGACGUGGCCAAAGUGCGCACUCUCAACGCCAUCGCCAAGAACACUCUGUAGCGCACUGUGGGCGGAGCUUUUUAAAAGGGGCGGGUCCUCCUUAGAUUGGUGCACCAUAACCCACACUACACCCACCUCAGGGACUGACGGAGAUCCACGGGGUUUAGAGAUAAAAAUACGAUGAAUCUGUUUUUGAUGUUUACAGAACGUGAAGAUGCUGCUUUUCUCCUUCUUUAUCUGAGUCUCAUUACAUGAUUUGCCUUUAA